AUGGCCAUCGGUGGUGCACCGGUGGUACCUGUUUCGUACGCGCGCGUCUUUCAACGACAUGCCAAAUCGAGGCUGUGGUAUCCGUAUACUGCGUACCUACACAUACGUUGCUGCUGUGAGUGGCUUCGUGGUGAUGAUGCGGCCCUCGGCCAUCUCGCUCUCGCUCUUUUCCGUGAUUGCGUCGGGACGAUGAACAAGUGCGAGCUGAGGUCACCUGGCUUCAGACUUGAAUCCCACGGAGCCAUUGUCUUCCCGAGGAAGGGAAGUCUGUGA